ACCCAAGAGGGUAGUUCAGUAAAAAUGAUGAAAAAAGAGGAUAAGGCAUGUAAGACAGUAGGAGGCGCAAUGUGAGAUGUUAUCCCCAACAUGUUUGUUGGCAGAUAUGCUCUCAGGCAGGAUGUUAUCCCCAUCAUUUUUGAGCUUUGGAAUUAAAGAAAGAUGUUGAAAGUCGCAGGCAAACUGGUUCCUGUGGAGGGAGCUUUGGAGAAAAAGCUGUUGAUCAGCAAUGGAGUUCAGAACCCCAGCUGUAAAGAAGCAAGACACCAUAGUCCAAGUCCAUUGAUUCGCUCAAGAUCAGCAGAUGUAACUGUGUAUUGGAGUUCUUCAAGCCAUCUCAAACUGCCUCAAAAGUCAAGCAACAGCAGAAAUGCAGUAAAGGUUUAUGCAAUGAGGAGACGGACACCUCGGGGGGCUGCAGAAACUUAUGUACUAUUCGAACCAGGGCAGGAUGAGAUAUUUGUUUCUGAGGAAGAGCUAAAAGCGAAGUUGCAAAAUUGGCUGGAAAACUGGCCGGGAGAGGCCCUUCCUCCAGACCUUGCUAGAUUCGAAACGGUGGAUGAUGCUGUUUCGCACCUCGUAAGGUCUGUUUGUGAGCUUGAAAUUGAUGGAGACGUCGGUUCAAUCCAAUGGUACCAAGUUCGCUUGGAGUGAGAAAAAUCUGGGCUUCAUCGCAAUCAAAUUUACAUGAUUAAAAUUGGCCUGCUCUAUAUAUACAUAUAUAGAUGAUGCAGGCAUAGUUCAUAUAGUGUUUCAUUCAUGUGAAUCGGAGAGACACAUUCAGGUAUAAGCCCCUUCGUUUGCAUGCUUUCAACAAGUAGCUGUCAAUCAAUUUCAUAACAAAGCAUUUGUUGGACUGAAA